AUUCGAUUCUCGAACGAUUUUCCAGCAAGACAAUUUGCUCGGUACGACUCCGUGAUAGGAGCUAUGAGCCCUCUCGCCAUGGAGCUAUCCGCCGAUCAAGGUAACUUCCACAAGAAAGCAUGCCGGGUGUUCGACUGCGCUGUGGCCUGCUGCCUUUCAUUUCCCCCCGAGAGGGCAGCAGCACCCACGAUGCAGUUCGUUCUGAGAAAUACCGGUGAACUUGAUCUGGAUAAUACCAGCGAAAGGACUAUGCUUCUCUUGCCCCUCUCCCGGCGAGCCUAGUUUGUAUUGACUCUUGCAGCGUACCUGAUCUUCCGUCACAAUGGCCACUGACAAGAUCACCUUCCUCACUAACUGGCACGCCACGCCGUACCAUGCCCCGAUCUACCUGGCCCAAGCCAAAGGCUACUUUGCCGACGAAGGCAUCAAGGUCGCCCUGCUCGAGCCCAACGACCCCAGCGAUGUCACUGAGAUCAUCGGCACCGGCAAGGCCGACCUCGGCCUCAAAGCCAUGAUCCACACGCUCGCCGCCAAGGCGCGCGACUUCCCUGUCAAGUCUAUCGGCUCGCUGCUCGAUGAGCCCUUCACCGGCGUCGUGUACCUCAAGAGCAGCGGCAUCACGCCCGACUUCCGCUCGCUGAAGGGCAAGCGGAUCGGCUACGUCGGCGAGUUUGGCAAGAUCCAAAUCGACGAGCUGACCUCGCACUACGGCAUGACGCCCGCCGACUACACGGCAGUGCGGUGCGGCAUGAACGUCAGCAAAGCCAUCAUCGACGGGACGAUUGACGCGGGCAUCGGGCUCGAAAACGUGCAAAUGGUCGAGCUCGAAGAGUGGCUCGCCUCGCAAGGCCGGCCGCGGUCCGACGCGCAAAUGCUGCGCAUCGACGAGCUAGCCGAGCUGGGGUGCUGCUGCUUCUGCAGCAUCCUGUACAUCGGGAACGAGGGCUUCAUCGCCGCAAACCCAGAAAAGGUGCGCGCGUUCCUGCGCGCCGUCAAGCGGGCCACGGACUUUGUGCUUGCGAGCCCCGAGGCCGCGUGGGCCGAAUACGUCGCCUUCAAGCCGGCGAUGGCGGCCUCGCCUGUCAACGCCAAGGUCUUCCAGCGCUCGUUUGCCUUCUUUAGCCGCGACUUGCAGAAUGUUGGGAGGGACUGGAGCAAGGUCACGGCGUACGGCAAGCGCUUGGGCGUCUUGGAUCCGUCGUUCGUCCCGAACUACACGAAUGAGUUCUUGGGCUGGCAGCUUGAUGCUGAUGCUGUCGACCCGGUUGCCGACCAGAAGCUCAUGGCCCAGCUGCAGAAGGACGUCGCUGCCCAUGGCGGCUUCCGCCGUCUGGGUGCCAGGGCUGCUUGCUGCGCUUAGGCGUGCGCUUCUGCUGUAGACGGUGCUCUGUUACCGUCGAUAGCACUCCUGCCUCCAGGAGUCCGGGAUUUCGGUCCGUAUUGACUGGCGUGUCCCUUUUGGUUAGCACACAGCGCCGGUGGCCAACCCUUAGCAGGGAGAGGCUUUCCAUGUCGCGCAUUUCCGCUCGCUCAACGAAGCAAUGAAUUGAUGGCUAUUGCUCUUUAACCCGUU